AUGUCUUUAGGCGGAUCGACUGACACCUCGCCUCCAUCCUCGACGACGACGAUUUCGCGGAGCGUCACACCAGCCACUCAAACUCCCUGCUCCUUGAACGUGGCCGACCUCGAGCUGCUGCAUCACUUCACAACCUGCACCGCCCAUUCCCUCGCGGGAUCCGACAGCGAAGACGACCCGAUUGCGCGGUUCUGGUCUCGCAACGUGCCCAAGCUGGGCUUGGACCAUCAUUUCGUGCUGCACCUCCUGCUGGCCGUGGCCGGCUACCACCUUGCGCACAUGAAGGGGCGGAGUGAGAGGGCUGCCCAGCCGUACCUCUCUUUGGCAGAGCGGCACACCGCCGUCGGGUUGACCGAGUUUGCAAGAGUACUGGGCCGACUCGACAGCGGCAACUGCCAGGCGCUGUAUGUAUCGGCGAUGCUCGUUUGCUACUGCACCUUUGCCGCAGGGCCCACGAGCCCGGAGGAUGUCCUCGUCUGCCAUCUCGACGACGGUGCGGCGCAGUGGCUCCCUCUCAUCAAAGGCGUGCGCUUGAUCAACGAAACGGUAGGCCCCGACGUGCUGUUCUCUGGACUCAUGGCGCCUCUGGCCCCCUCGGGCGAGAGCGAAGACACGGGGGCCAAGUUUGCGCGCGACGGCUUCCCUCGCGUCGAUUGGGAGAAGCCGUUGGACAAUCUGCGCGACUUGGUAUCGUCAUCUGCCGGCGAGAGCGCGAACGUUUGCCUCGAGGCACUGGGCGGCCUGUCUGCGACUUACGCCGCGAUAUACGGCAGAGGCGCCGACGGCUUCUACGACGGGCCGCAGAGCUGCCAGUUUGUCUUUGGGUGGUUGUACCGGAUCCAGGACGCCUUUGUGGCGCUGCUGCGGCGGAGGGAGGCUCCGGCUCUGGCGAUAUUGGCGUACUUUGCGGUGCUCUUGCGGACCUUGGACGACUGCUGGUUUGUCCACGGCUGGUGCUCGCACAUUGUCGAGAGCGUUUGCCGGUUCGUCGGCCCAGACUACGCCGGCUGUCUGCAGUGGGCAGUAGCUCAGGCAACUCAAAGUGACUGA